AUGUUACCGCUGGAUGUGAACCUGCAGGUGCUGACGGACGAGCUCUCCGUCUACCUGGAGAACCAGGUCCGGGUCGGGCUGCUGGGCUCCGGGGUCGGACUGGCGCUCGCUCUCGGCUUCGGUGCCGCCUACGCCUGCUACUACUGGACCUCUAUAGCCAAGAAGCCGAAGCUGGUCGCCGGGGGUAAGAAGUUUUUCGAUUUCCUGAAGGAGAACUGUCCAGUGGUGACGGAGACGUACUACCCUCCGUUCUGGUGCUGGGAGGGUCGAGCGCAGACGCUUCUCCGACCGUUCGUCACCGCCAAACCCUGGGUCUCCUACAGGAAUGAGCUUAUCCCAGCACCAGAUGGAGGUCAGAUAUCUCUGGACUGGUUUGAUAACGAUGAGAGUCUCUCUCACCCAGAGUCGUCCACUCGACCCACCGUCCUGCUUCUGCCGGGAUUAACGGGAACCAGCCGGGAGUCCUACAUCCUGCACAUGGUCCAGCAGAGCCGAGAGCUCGGGUACAGGUGUUUGGUGUUUAAUAACAGGGGCGUGUCAGGAGAGAAACUGCUGACUCCCAGGACAUACUGUGCUGCUAACACUGAGGAUCUGGAGACGGUGAUUCAACACGUCAGUAAAACUCACCCCGACUCUCCAGCCAUGGCAGCGGGCGUGUCCAUGGGAGGGAUGAUGCUGGCGAACUAUCUGGGUCGUAAAGGUGAGGCGACGUGUCUGAAGGGCGCGGUCGUGUUCUCCGCCGGCUGGGACGUGUUCAAGUGCACGGCGUCACUGGAGAAACCGCUCGACCGCCUCAUCUUCAACUCCUACCUCACCGGCUGCCUGCAGGCCUCCGUACACCGACACCGGCCGGUGCUGGAGAAAAACUACGACAUCGAUCACGUGAUGAAGGCUAAAACCAUCCGCGAGUUUGACGAGCGUUUCACCUCCAAGAUGUUCGGCUACUCCACCAACGACGAUUAUUACCACGACGCCAGUCCCAUCCACAAGCUGAAGUCGGUGCAGGUGCCCAUGCUGUGCCUGAACGCCGCCGACGACGUCUUCUCGCCCAAUCACGCCAUCCCCGUGGAGGCGGUGAAGCAGAACCCCAACCUGGCGCUGGUCAUCACCUGCCACGGCGGCCACAUCGGCUUCCUGGAGGGAUUCUGGCCGCGUCGCAGCACCUACAUGGACCGAGUGUUCCGACAGUUCGUCCGGGCCGUGUUCGAGAACGGCCACGCCCUGACCGAGCGCUCCAGCUAACGCAGGCCGCCGCGCCGCCCCCUACGGCCAGGAGCAAAACAUCACCGCGACACACCAUGCUAGACCUCCUGUCCUGUUCAUUCCUGAGUGUGUGUGUGUGUGUGUGUGUGUGUGUGUGUUUCAUGGUACAUGGAUUCAGAGAUGUGACCAGUACGAACACAAACUCUUCCAGCUGAGCCGUCGUUUAUCAAUCAGGUUUCUACAUGUGUCUCUUGUUGCUAUGGUAACUUGUUGUAACCUAGCAUCAUGCGGCUGGACACUCUUAUAUUUUCUAGCUAGCUAGCUAGCAAGCAAAUCCCCAAAGUUAUUUCCGCUAGGAACAUUAGCUUAAAUAAACUAAACAAGGAGAAAACGGGUUCAGUAAAGCUAGCACGCUAUUAUAUACGUUAGCGGCCGUUAGUCACUGAAGUUUAUUAGCCAAACAUUAUAGCUAGGUGAUUAGAAUUACCUCAAACAGCUUGAAAUAAUUAGCUAAAUAAAAUCCAGCUUAGCCGUUAGCUAGCCACCGUUAUUUUAAUUCAGAAUAAUGGCGAUCGGAGCUAAGGCUAGUUUCAGUGUUAUGCUAAGAGUUAGCAUUGUGUGUUAGCUCGUCGUAGUGUUACCGACAGGGUCGUCAUGGGUCGUGUUUAAAA